UAGCGUGGAGCCGGGGCUUGUGGUUGCUAUGGCGCGAUGACGCAGAUGUUGUGAGACGCACAUGGUGCUGUGGCUGGAAGUCGCUGACAGCUGAAGAUGGAAGCGGCGGGGGAGCUGAGAUGGGAUAUUGAACCUUGCAAUGGCAGGAAUUUUUUCUUCACCCGAGAAUCUUACGAGAAAUAUAGCAUGGCUCCAUCACUUGCUGAGCUUUUACUACUCUCCAACAAAAGGAUCCCACCACAAAGGCCUGACGACAGUCCCAGAGAUGUCAGAUGGAUGAGUGGGCCUGGAGCUGCUGUAGGCCCGUUCCCGGUGAUUUCCCCUGAUGACAGCAGCAGGGUCCAGCCUGGCCGGCAGAGACCUGCUCCUGCAGAACCUCCGAAAGUAGAUUGUAAGGCUAUUAGUCCACAGCCUCCUGUCACUGUCAUUUCAUCUGCAAAGAUCAUCCCUUUUCCAGAACCUCGUGUCCCAUUCCCUCGUUAUUCCUCCCUCACUGCGCUGGAGCAGGAAACCUAUGUAAAACUUAUUAUUAAAUUCUUGAACAGUAAGAACCCCAACUUCAACUUGCUGAAGGAAUACCAACACUACCAGAUUUUGAAAUCAAAGUUCAGCAUUGAGCAUGCAGAGUUUCAAAAAUUUCUCCAGAAUGCAGCUCGCAGCUGUGCUGAGGAUUACAAUGUCUUAUGUACUAAUGCUGCACUCUAUAUCCAGGAAAUGCUAAAGGCUUCCCAGGCAGUUGUGAGACGUUAUCCUGAACUUUACACUAUCCAUGAGAUCACAAGCAUUUCGGGAGGGAAGUUUAUUCCUGACUUGUCCUUAAAGCUGGAGAAGUGUCUUCUUAAACUGGGAUCAGUUAAGUUUAUGAAGAUAAUAUUUCCUACUCAAGAUAUUCCUCUUGCAACCUCAUACAAGGAGAUAACCCGCAUGAUGCCUCCAGUAAAAAAGGCUGCUCAUGUUCACACAAGUGUGAGCUCAGAUCCCAACAUUUCUAAACUGGCCUCAAAGUACUGUCCACAGGUUGUGCUUACUACCCAAGUCCUAUUUACCCUCCUUAACAAUCAUGGAUCUGUCUACAAUGAGCAAUGGGAGAUUCCUGUACGGGUGGAGACGAUUGUCACAGAAAGCAGAUCUUCAAAAGUAAUUUAUUUGGAUUCUCCUCUUCCCAAGAAGAUGCUGAACCCACGGGAGAAAAACCAAAUGUUUCAUGAGGUUCUCUUGGACCAUUUCAUGGUGAAAAAUUCUAGUAUUAUUCUAAAAAUUUUGUCUCUGGACAGAGAGGAGGAAAUACAACUUAUUACCUCAUUAAAUGCUCAGGCUGAAAAGGAAUAUGCAAAUAGGAGCGUGAUCUGUGUCAGCAAUGACGUGGAAUUUGAGAAUGAUGUGACAGAACUGGAAACAUUUGGAUCCAUUGAAGAUAAUACAAAUUCAAAUUCUGCAGAUUCUGACUGCAAGUCUCUAGAGUCAGUGCACCAGACACACACAAAUUCCCUGCUAGACAAACUAAAGAUAGAGAAGCAGAUUAUUAACAACAUAAAUUCAACUAAAUUAGGUUUUGAUUCAGAUGAAAUAAAUGUUAAGGAAAAGGAAGAGAGCAGUGAAGAUAAGUCUAAUCUGAGUUCUGAUACUGAGAUGAUGAUGAUGAUGAUGGGAACAAGCCUCAAAUCAGUGCCUAACCAAGCCACCAGAACCACUGAGAAUAACUCUGAUGAAGAUGACAGGCUUGUGAUUGAUAUUGACUGUAAAAAGAGCAAAUACUGCAAUGAGAUGACCACCCAAUCAGUGCCCAGUACACCAGUGUCCCCACAGCAGCUUCCCAGGAGGUCUGCUAGAAAGAUUUCCAAAGAUGUUGACCCGGUUGGGCAGAUACUGAAAAUGCAAACGCAACUACUGAAGCCAGGAGCAAAGAUGGAAAAGGCCAGCGUACCAAACACAGAGCCAUCACAAAACACUGCCCAUUUCCAGCAACCUGCACCUUUGGGCUCUGAUACAUUGGCGGAACCUCAGAGGAAGGUGGAUGCUCAUCAUUCUGGGGAUAACAAAAAGUCCUUGCUAUCUAAUGAUCUCCUGGAGUACACAGAGGAUGAGGCUGCCUACAAUGUUCCAGCUAAAGAGAACUGUACAUAUAAGCUCUUUAGUCUUGAUGAUAUGCUCCUGCUACUUAAGAGCACUGUUAACAAAGCAAGGACCGUCGCAAUGAAAAAGAAAUGCAAAAAGCAGAUUCCUGUCUUUCUCCUCACCAAGGUGAAUUACCAGACUUGUUAUGGCGUGGAAUCACUGACCGAGAGUGAGAGCUGCCGUUUGUGGACUGAAAGUCUUAUACAUUCUAACUGUUUGUUGUAUGUUGGUCAUGUGGAUGCUUUAACAUCUAAGUUCUUUAUGCUUGAAGAAGUCACUGCUGAGAAACUUAAAGAAAAAAUCAGUAUAUUCAAGCCUGCUAACUGCCUGAAUACUCUACGUCAUAUCCUGAAGUGGGUAACUGGUCUGCAGGACGGUUCUUAUCUCCUGAGCCAUGUGUCUGGGGACUCCUCGGUCUAUCUUUAUAAAAAUGUCACAGUGAACAAAAGAGGAACCUAUAACCUGCAUGAUUCCCACAGUAAUCCUCCAAAAAUACCCUCCUUUGUCUCUGUUCCAUGGGUGCCUUUGAAUCCAAAUCUUUUGUUGAACUAUCACAUCCAACAUGGUCGCCCUCCUUGCACUUUUCCACCUGCAUCGGGGAUGAGCUCUGGGCGCAAUAAGGUAAAUCAGCCAAGAAAAGCUCCGCCCCAUGAAAAGGCCACAGAUUUGCCGACUACUAAUAUGACCGUUGCUGCAAAGCCGCCAAAGAAGAACAAAGGGAGGAACAGACUAAAAAGGUUGAAAGAAAAACAGAAAGUUUGGAAAACAAAAGCUGCAAUGCAAAAGAAGACAUGAUUCUGGUAAUAGAAGAAGGACUUGUAUAAGAAAUUAGGUUCUAUAUGGGAAAUAAUUUCACUGUACCAUUUUAUCCUUCAACUGAGACGCCCACACCUUAAGUAGGUGUGUAUAAUAGCUUUUGUUACUAUUAUUAUAUUGGAAAAGCUGACACAAACAGCCAAGCAGCACUUUGUAAAGGAUCCUGAGGAAGAACCAAACUACAGUAUCUUCCUGGAAGAAAGAUUCACCUUACAAGUAGUACAGGCUAAUGGGUGGUCUGGCACAAUUAUCAGUCUGACUUUCCCCAGGUUUCAAGUGGCCAGAAAAUAACAACCAACUGGUAUUUACAAAUAAUAUAACAUUGAAAUGUGUUACUGUUCCUCCAAGAAUAAAGUCUAAUUUUGAGUGAAAA